AGGCUCCUGUAUAAAUGGAAACUCGCCUCGAAACUCCCCGAACGAACCAGGCAGGGUCUGACUCAGAACUGCAGUUAGUACUUAAAGGAGAGAAAAAAAGAGAAACCCACCACUAGCAGCAGCCAGAAAACUCUAUCUCCUUAUGACUCAACGUGUAGAAAUACUUGGAUUUAAUCAACUCAGCUGCUGGAGAGGAAAGAUCAGUUGGAGUUAAGGUGUCCCGUCGGAGGAGACGUCCCACAUUUAUGGCGAUUCUGAGCGUGAGGGCAGAAUUCUGCCAGGCCCAGCACAGCCUCCUGGCUCACAAGUGAGCUCAGGGCAGGCAAGGGGGGGGUCCCACGUGCCAUAAUUCCUUCGCCUCGGAGCCCCCGGCCACAGCGGACCCACUCAGAUAUAUGGGAUAUCUCCUGCCCCUUGGAAGCGGAUCCCUCGCAGUGACUCUGGCAAAGCGAAGCGUCAGGAAAACAAAGUGGAGAGAAAACCUGCCCUCACCUUUCUGCCUCACCAGUGCCUAAAUGUAGAACAGGCUGCCCAGUGUUGCACGUAGUCGGAGAAUUUGUGGAGUCUGGAGGAAACCACCCGCAGCAGUUGAGGCCCAAGUUGAGUUCAAGUGGAUCCUGAAGCAAACCUGCUUUUCUAGAAGUGACAUCCGUAAGGAACAAACACGUCAAAGCAAGCUCUGAUCAAUCCCAGGCAUAUUAGCGGUCUUUUUGAUGUUUUCUGCUGUGAAACCUUUCCAAAGUUAUUGAUUUUUUUUUUUUAAUUUUAUUUCUUUUUUUUUGUGUUUGGUUGUUUUUUUUUUUGGCCCCUUACACAUUUUAUUUGCCAUUAUGAACCGUCCAGCCCCCGUGGAAAUUACUUAUGAGAACAUGCGUUUCCUGAUCACUCACAACCCAACCAAUGCGACCCUCAGCAGGUUCAUCGAGGAGCUGAAGAAGUAUGGAGUGACAACCUUGGUGCGAGUCUGUGAUGCCACUUAUGAUCAAGCUCCCAUUGAAAAGGAAGGAGUCCGGGUUCUAGACUGGCCCUUUGACGAUGGAGCACCACCCCCAGGUCAGAUAGUUGACGACUGGCUAAACCUCUUGAAAGCCAAAUUUCGGGAGGAGCCUGGAUGCUGCGUGGCUGUUCACUGUGUUGCAGGGUUGGGAAGGGCUCCCGUUCUGGUUGCACUUGCUCUCAUUGAAUGUGGAAUGAAGUACGAGGAGGCAGUUGAGUUCAUAAGGCAGAAAAGGAGGGGAGCUUUCAAUUCCAAACAGCUGCUUUACCUUGAGAAAUACCGACCUAAGAUGAGAUUACGCUUCAAAGAUGCCAACGGUCACUGCUGUGUUCAAUAAAAACAUGGUCUCAAACGAAGGCAGAAGUUAACAUGGCUCUUUUCUGGACUCUUGGCACCUGGAAAUGUGAAUCUGGAAUCAAACUACGUCAUCAAAUUAGUGGUGGAGUCAGUGCUCCUCAACCUCUGUCCUAAGGGUGAUGAUGAUUGAAAAAAAAAAAAAAUUAAAAAAUAAUAAUAAACCCCCCACCCCCCAAUUAAGAGAAACAUUUCAGUGAAGGAUUGUUUUCUCCUCGAGCUGCAGUUUGAACAUCUGCAAGGAGAAAAUCACUUUCUGAACCUUCUGUAUUUUUAACUUUUUAAGAAAAGAAAUAAAGUAAAUUUUAUGUCUAAGGAAAACCAGCAGAGCAUUGGCUUGUGCAGAAACUAUUUUCUUGAUUUGAGGGAAGUACCCCCCCAGUCAGGGCCUGAGACAUGAAUUCCUCUCUUAAACUCUUUUAAAUGGAGUUGCCUUUUGUUUUUUAACCUUGCUGGGACCUGGCAGAGACACGAGGAGGAGCCUUAGUUGCUGUCUGGGAACAGUCUGACAGCCUUAAGCCCAGUUUGGGCAUAUCCUAGAGAUUGGGUGAUGUCUGUGUCCUGUGUCUACGUGGAGUUCAGGUGUGGGGAGAAAAAAAACUGAAGGGCUUUAACAGAAAUCUCACUGCCUGAUACCUUUGGGGAAUCUGCUAAAGCCCUUUUCUGAGUGGUGGGAGAUUGUGUGUGUGUGUGUGUGUGUGUGAUUUUCUGUGUGUGUGUGUCAGUCUGAUUUUUUCCAAAGAAUUUGGCUGAAAUGUUAAUUAUCUUUCUGUUGCUGGACAGAAAAAUCUAUCCUGGCAGAAGACUGAUGUUCCAAAGUGUCCUGGGUGAGCGAGGGGCAGUUCAGACAAGGACUUAAAAUUAAUUUAUCUGUCCCAAGGAAGACGAAGAGGCUUUUUUGCUGCUGUCCAGAUUCUCUGCCUUGGCUGAGCACAGGAAAUCAGGAUUUGGGGGAGGGUCUCCUUUGUACCCUGUGAGGUAAAGAUGAGUCAAUGCCUGGGGUGGGGAUUUCAGUUCAGUUUAACCACUUAUUGCCUUGUUAUUUCUUAUUAGGUUCUUUUGGAGGGAGAGCCUCUGGUUCCACACCAACAUGCCUGUCAUUGCUCACCCCUGGCAGAGCAGAAACACGCUGAUUUUUGGAGGGUGGACUGGCACCACCUUCUUUUUGUGCCAGUGAAUUAACCAAGUCAUUUUUAGAGCCUCUAAGGAAGCAAUUUUGGCCAGGCUGCUUCUACCAAACACAUGUUACUGUAGUGCCCUGCCCCAGCAGUGACUUCUGUCUGUACUAUCCAGCCCUGGAAGGCUCUGGAUACAGGUUUAGGGUCCUGGGAUGCUUUGCUGUGGAGCACCAAAGGCAGGUGUUGGUCUGUACCUGCAGCAGGUGUGGCCUCGUACCCAUCUCUUCCCGAUACCUCAGCAGCUGCCUGCCCAGGAUUUCCCCCUCUUCCAGACUCCUGCUUUUAGUCUGCAGCUUAACUGUGCAAAAACACAGGUAACAGACUUUUUAAGAGUUCUAUUCCUGGGAGAGGUUUAUAAAUUUAAGCAAAAAAAAAAAAAACACAGGUACUUGUCAGGCCCCUCAGGGGAGAUCCCCAAAAUCCGGUGUGUCCCUGCCUCCAGCUGUGGUGUUGUACUUGAGCUCCUUCCUCCCUGUACCACGUGGAACAUUUCUGAGUUCUUUAAUAGAUAAAGGAGAUGCAGAAGUGUUUGUGGUGUGGGUGCCUGUCCUUGGGAAUGACGUGUCUGGUGGUGUCCGAGUCCGGGUGGAAGGGGGAGAUGGUGCUGAAAUUACCCAAUUCUGGCCUUUACCUUCCCCUCACAAACCACAAGCCUGAUGUUCUAACUGUUCCUGCAAGUGAAAAGUGAUGUUUUUUUAGUCACAUGAAAUAAUUGGUGUUUAGUUAAAGCUGAUUUGACAAAUGAUGGAAGUCAGAUUGGAGGGGAAGGUGUUGAGCUGGAUUAAAAACCCAAACCCCACGUCCUUCUGAAAAAAAA